UUUUUGUAUAAAUUCAACUGUAAAAACUCUACUUUAUUCAGUUAAUUGUUUGAAGUAAUAUGGAAAUGAAGUUUCAGGUGAUUUUUCUUUUAAUCUUAUCUCUCAAUAUGGUGAUAAAUAAAGUGAUUUUGGUUGGAGGCGAUUGUAAACUGGACUGUUUAAAACAAAAUCUUGUGUGUGAUGAUCGAUGCAGAAGAAUGCCUUAUUAUUCAGAGGCAUGCUAUAUAAAAUGCAGGAAUGAUUUAUCUGAAUGCCUGGAAAAACCAUGUGCAAAAUUUUCUGAAGACUAUUAUGAAAGAUACAGUUAAUUAACUGAUAUUAUUUCUUCAAUAACUACUAUAUGUUCAUUCAUUUUUUGUACACUUGUACUAAUUCACUGGAAAAAGGAAAUAACUUUUGUCAUAUGCAUAUGGGGAUGUUUUAUCUUUAUUGAAUAGAAAAAUGAAGAAUAACUGAAAUAUUUG